UUUUCGACGGCAUAACUACAUAUAUCACCGCACCCAAGCUGAUGUCAUAGGUGUUUACAGUGUUCUACUGGCAAUUGUGGUGGUGCUAGUGGGAUAUCUAUUACUGAAAUGGCGUCGUGCCCUUCACUACUGGCAGAAUUUGGAUAUUCCUUGCGAGGAACCCCACAUCCUGAUGGGCAGCCUGACGGGAGUGCAGACCAGUCGAUCAUUUAGUGCCAUCUGGAUGGAUUACUACAAUAAGUUUCGUGGUACUGGCCCCUUCGCAGGCUUCUACUGGUUCCAAAGACCCGGAAUACUCGUACUGGAUAUUUCGCUGGCAAAGCUCAUCCUGAUUAAGGAAUUCAAUAAGUUCACCGAUCGUGGUUUCUAUCACAACACGGAGGACGAUCCACUGUCUGGUCAGUUGUUUCUGCUAGAUGGCCAAAAGUGGAAGUCUAUGAGGAGCAAGCUAUCCUAUACGUUUACGUCGGGUAAAAUGAAGUAUAUGUUUCCCACCGUCGUAAAGGUGGGUCAUGAAUUCAUCGAAGUCUUUGGCCAAGCGAUGGAAAAGUCUCCCAUUGUCGAGGUUAGGGAUAUCCUGGCCAGAUUCACCACCGACGUAAUCGGCACGUGUGCCUUUGGCAUUGAGUGCAGUAGUCUUAAGGAUCCAGAGGCAGAGUUCAGGGUAAUGGGUCGUCGAGCCAUCUUCGAACAACGCCACGGACCGAUCGGGAUCGCGUUCAUCAAUAGCUUCCAAAAUCUGGCACGCAGACUGCACAUGAAAAUAACACUAGAAGAAGCCGAACACUUCUUCCUCCGGAUCGUCAGGGAAACAGUCGCAUUUAGGGAGAAGAACAACAUCCGUCGCAACGACUUUAUGGAUCAGCUCAUCGAUUUAAAGAACAGUCCACUGACAAAGUCCGAAUCUGGGGAAAGUGUUAACCUUACGAUCGAGGAAAUGGCCGCCCAGGCGUUCGUGUUUUUCGGAGCUGGCUUCGAAACCUCGUCGACCACCAUGGGAUUCGCACUGUAUGAACUGGCCCAGCAUCAGGACAUUCAGGACCGGGUGAGGAAGGAGUGUCAGGAGGUUAUUGGAAAGUACAACGGAGAGAUAACUUACGAAAGUAUGAAGGACAUGGUCUAUCUAGAUCAGGUUAUAUCGGAAACCCUUCGCUUGUACACCGUUCUCCCGGUCUUGAAUCGCGAAUGCCUGGAGGACUAUGAGGUUCCUGGACAUCCCAAAUACGUCAUCAAAAAGGGAAUGCCCGUUUUGAUUCCGUGUGGAGCCAUGCACCGCGAUGAGAAACUGUAUGCCAAUCCAAACACCUUUAACCCAGACAACUUCUCGCCCGAACGAGUGAAGGAACGCGACUCCGUGGAGUGGCUUCCAUUCGGCGAUGGUCCCAGGAACUGCAUCGGAAUGCGGUUUGGUCAAAUGCAGGCCAGAAGUGGAUUGGCUUUACUAAUCAAUAGGUUCAAGUUCUCCGUUUGCGAACAAACAACAAUACCAAUUGUAUACAGCAAAAAAACAUUCUUAAUAUCAAGCGAGACUGGCAUCUUCUUAAAAGUUGAACGCGUUUAAAAAUUUCAAUAUUUAAUCUAUUAGUCCCUAUUUUAUAUGGAAUUCCAGAAACAAUGUUGCUCUAUAUCUAUAAGAAUGUUAAGCUUAUUAGUGUCUAAUCGCAGUAGCAUGCUUGUGGAUAACUAACUACUGUAAGUUGGCUUUCAUUUUAUGGUUUUAAAAAAUUGUUUUUUUAUUUUCUGGGUGAUAUAUUGCCUUUUAAAGGCUUCUUAUUAUUGCAUAAUUAUUACAAGACUCUUUUGCAGAAAAAAUACUUUCGGCAUUUCUUGGCAGAAGCAAUCUAUGAACAUAACAUUUUUAAGAAGUUAAGAUAUUUUAAAAUCAUUACAAAAACAUUUUAAAAAUCACGUACUCAAAGUAACUAACAACGAAAUUAAAUAAAUAUAUAACACUUUAGUCUCUC